UUCCACAAAGGGUGGUUACUUGGCUUCCUGUCUUUGCUUAGUCAAGGAGCUAGUUAUUAAGCUAAAUAUAACAUAGCAACUACAUGAACACAAUCCAUUUCCACCUUGGCCAUUUUGAAAUACUUGCAUUUCGGAGGCAAAAAAGCGUGUCAGGGUGAACAACGCCUUUAAACAUUCACUAUUUCAUUUCCUUUUUCAUAAUCUAGAAUCAAGUCUCCUUUGUUAACAGAUCCUUUGGUACUCAUUCAUUAUACUAAUAUCCAUACAACACACUGUACUAUUCUCACUGUCAUUCUCAUAAUCUAGAAUAGACCUCUCAACUAACAACAAACACUAUUGAUCCAGGCAUCAUAUGUGCCUAUUGAUCCAAGACACAAUGGCCUCUUUACCAUAUGUUCUGUACCCUCUCAUGUUUAGCCCCAACACUCCCAGAUCUCUCCUGCCAAUCAAGUCACCCCCAUCGCUCAUCCAAUCAGAGACGAGAGACAAGGACCACCUCUUGACGGUGUCCAAUCAGACAGACAGGAUCAGCCCCUCCCUCGAAGUGUGGAAUGAGAAAUGGCCAGUGGAGGGCCAGACUCUGCGGCUGAGCCCAACCCCAUCCAGCGAAAGGAAGGUCAGAUCGAUCUCCAUCUCAAACCCUGAACAGUGCCCCUCCGCUGACGAGACAGCGGACUCAGAACCUCUGAAUCAUGAUGCAGCCACUACUGGGAAGCAUGACUCAGCAGUUCCAUCCCAUAAUAGCAAUGUCAAAGCCUCCCCUAGCGUCAUGGUCCAAGGAGAGAAAGAGACCCAGUUCCACCGUGGAGGUUGUCAAGGGGUCUCGUUCCGCUAGUCAAAUAAAACGAAAAUACCAGGACCCAGUCUUGCUUCAAGCCCGGCUUCGGUUGACCAAAACCGGGAAGGUGACAGACUCCAGCCCCAGGCUUCUGGGCAGAGGCCAGGAGAUGAGGGGAGAGCAGGCUGCAAAGAGUUCUCCAAGGGACAGCGCCUUCACAGCAGUGGAGAGACAUUCUCAAACAACAGCCCGUGUCCAACAUGCAUCGCCAACGAGCGAGGCAACAUCCAUCCCCUGUGUGAGACCGACAAGGCCUCCACUGCCCACUACAAAGACCCAGAGAGCAUGGAGCAGCAGCAGCUCAAUGUCAGUCCAGACAAACAGGCAGGCACUGAGACCACCCAAAGCAAUACCCACCAUCUCACCAUCCCCCACCAAACACAGAAACACUACGGGAGAAUCCAGCUCUCAUGUGGACCCUGCAGCUGCAGCUGUGGGCUACGGUGGCCCUGGAGGCCCACAGGGCCCUGGAGGAGAGCAUCUUGACCAUCUGGGCCAUAUGCAGGGAGAGGGUACAUUUAGCUGCCUUCCAUGCAGAGUUUCGUCCUUCAGUCAUGGCAGGGCCAGGCCUCAGCAUUGCGGCUCAGACUCAAAUCCAGGGCCACGACACCAUGAAAUGACCACAUCGUGUCAUGGCGGCCCACCAGAUUGGACCGCCCGGCUGGCCAGGAGCUUCCCUUUGAAGAGCAACGACAGGUCGAUGGAGGAAGCAGCUCAAUUAGGCAGCCUCCCGCCGCCCUCUGCCCAGAUCAAAGAGGGGGAAACGAGGGUCGACAGCCGGCCGACAUGCCUGGCACCAAGUCAGCCGUGGGAGACCUCGGCUCAGGCCGCACGUCAGGCUGACAGACGGGUGGAGGAGGGGGGUGAUGAUCCACAUCAAAACAGCUUCACAUGCUCUGAGGUGGAGUCCACACUGUGCCCUGUAGAUGAUGAGGAUCACGAUGACAGCGUAGGCGACCGCCACUCUGAGAGAGACAGGCGGUUUGCGACCCUGUGUGCGGAUGCAGCCGUUGUGGAGGGCCCACGUCACAGAACAACAACACCCCGAGCGGGUCCGCUGACAGCUGUCCAGCGGGGCACCAGCGAACGUGCCGCGAGCGCUCCAGAAUGUUCCGCCAGUGAAUGGGGGGCUCAGUGGCCGUGUUGUCCACCGGCAGCCAACACCGGCCACAGCAACAACACCAACAACGCAAACACCAGAACCAACAGAACCGGGACCAGCACCUGCGGGGUCCGGUUCUGCUGA